CAAAUGUCGUACCGUUGACAUUUUUAUUCGAUCCGCGUAAAAUUACGCGUACUUAUUAUUUUAUUAUAGUGUGUGAAAAGAUAAUCUAACGAGAUGACGGAGAAAGAAAAGCCAGUUGAUAAUUUCAAUUCAACAGCUGAACUAACAACCAACACGGGUUUCGAUUCAACUUUAAGCAUAGACUCAAAAGAUAUCGACAAAGAUGAAAAGGCCUACAACCCGUUCGAGCAUAGACAACUGGAGCAUCCGAAUUCAACGCUCGGGUCUAUAGUGCAUCUCUUGAAAGCAUGCCUGGGCUCCGGGAUUCUCGCUAUGCCAUCGGCAUUCAAGAACUCUGGCAUCGUGAUCGGCAUGAUUGGAACUCUCCUGGCUGGUGUGAUUUGUACUCACACCGUUGCUUUAGUGGUAAGAACCUCUCAGGAGCUUUGUGUCAUAGCGAAGAAACCUUCAAUGGGGUUCGCGGAAACUUGUGGCGCGGCAUUUACCUACGGCCCCAAGAGAUUGCAGAGUUGGGGAGCGUUUGUGAAAACAGUGAUUGAUUACUCCAUGGUGGCAACUUAUAUAAGCGUUUUAUGCGUUUACACUGUGUUCAUCGCGUCAUCAUUUAAAGAGGCAAUAGACGGAUGGUAUCCCGCAUUGAACAUUUCCAUUCAAGUAUAUUGCGUACUUUGCCUCGUGCCGCUCGUACUUAUCUGCCAGAUAAGGAAUCUGAAAUACUUGGUGCCGUUCUCAGCAACUGCUAAUAUAUUGAUCGUGGUGGUGUUCGCAGUUACCAUGUACUACAUAUUUAUAGAUCUACCCUCUCCUAAGGAGAGAGAGAUGGUAGCUAGCGUCACCCAAUGGCCGCUUUUCGUCAGUACGGUGAUCUUCGCCAUGGAAGGGAUCGGCGUUGUUAUGCCAGUAGAGAAUGAAAUGGCUCACCCUGAGAAGUUCCUGGGAUGCCCUGGAGUACUCAACACUGCGAUGGUCAUCGUCAUCUCUUUAUACGGAGUCUUUGGGUUCUUCGGUUACGUCCAGUUCGGAGAUGCUGUGAAGGGAAGCAUCACUCUAAAUCUACCCCAGGAUCAAUGGGUUGCACAAGGAGCCAAGCUGUUAAUGGCACUGGUCAUUUAUCUGUCGUUCGCCCUGCAGUUCUACGUGCCCAUGGAAAAAGUCAACCGUCUGUUAGCCAAAAGGAAGUCGGACAGAUUCGAGAACGUCAUACAAGUCGGCAUUCGUACUUCUCUUAUCAUUAUUGUCGUUGCGGUUGCUGUCGCAUUCCCCAAUUUGGAGCUAGUGAUCAGUCUGGUAGGCGCCAUCUUUUUCUCCACCCUAGGCCUCCUCAUUCCAGCGUUAAUUGACACAGUGUACCGCUGGGACCGGGGUCUCGGCAGAUGUAACUAUGUACUUAUCAAAAACGCCAUCAUCAUGAUUAUCUCUAUCGUCGCUUUGGUAUCUGGUUCGUACGUUUCAAUAAUGGAGAUGAUCCAUGACAAUAGCGGUGAUGUUAUCACUCAUCAGAAUGAAACGCUAACGUAAUCAGAUGUAUAAAUAUUCAUUCCCGCGAUUUAAUUUUUUAUUUUUAUUCUCGCCCAUAGGGAAAAGGCAAAGGUCGAAAGGUUUGCACUCGAAUUAAAUUCCGCGUUCUGAAUUCAAACUACCACGCACUGCAAAUAUAUUUCCGCGCGAAUUCACAGAUUUAUGGAGUUCACGGAACAUAUUCACUUCUAAAAUGGACUACAAAAUAUUUACACGAAUUUAACUUACAGAUAUUUUUUUCGUGCUAAUUGUAAAUCCCAAGUGAUGUUUCUCUAUAAGAUUGCAAAUGAUACAGAACUGCCAGCAAAAAAUUAUUGUACGGACUUUUUUCGCAGUGCGGGAUAGUUUUGAACGCUCGUAAUUAAUACUCGAUUUGUAUUUUAAAAUAAACUGCCCGAGUAAUGUUUAUUUAACUCAGGUAUAUUGGAAAGAGUGUCAAGAAUUAAUACAUGGAUUUAGAAUUGAAAUAAAAAGUUAUUAAUAUGCCGCAAUCUUAAGAUUGGCUCCUGGACUGUGGAAAUGUAACAUUUUCAGAAGUUAGUUUUAUAAAGUUUACUGCUGAAUUAUACCGAUUAAACUUUAAGGGAAAGGUUCAAAACCUUUUGGUCCUUAGUUACGAGAUCUAAGUCUCAGUUAAGGAAUUCACCCUUACCCCGAAUACCUAUCAGUCAAUUUUUUCAACCGAAUUAGUUUCGCGUUAUGUUAUUUAGUUGUAAUUAAUUAAGAUAUAUGUACAUGUAAGUUAUGUAUAAGUUAUUGUGAUGUAGAUUUAUUCAUUAUGCAUAUGACGCCGUUCUCACGCUCGUCAGAUCCAAAUAAAACGCGCUACAUACGCGAUACCAUUGCAGCCUUGCUAAUACAGUUUGAAGCGCUAUUGACGCUUGUGUGACGCCGAGUUAAAUUUAUCAUUAAUGAAGUUUGACGACCUCCCUGUUUUAGCGGUGAGCGCUGUGGUUUUAAGUUGAA